CCAAUUCAAAGUCCACGAUCUUACGCGCUUGUCCUCUCUUCCAUGCUAUAUCCUCUUUGAAGUUUGAUCUCUUCAAUUCUUCCAGACAUCGAUCACGAUCUUACUCCCAUCCAAUUUUCAACGACACCCAUCGUAGACUUUUCAUUGAACUAUUCUUUAGUAUUCAAUUUUCCCCAUUUGCCAAAUUGCUUUAAAUUCCGUUUCUCCCCCUUUCAGUUUCAAUUCAUUUAGAUAUUAUCUCUUUAGCAGCCACAAUACCUUCUCUCGCAUCUCCCGAAUUGAAGGUUGUCUCUUCUUGUUCAAGAAUCUCAGGAAUAUCGUGUGAUUCUUUCCUAAUUGAACCCUGCAAAAUCUAUAUAACAAGAUCCACCAUGUUUGGGAUCAAGAAACCUCAUUUCCAUAGACCUACCAAACACAACUCAGUUGACCCUGGAUUCCCUGGUCAACAUGCUUCAAACCCAUUCGAUUCCGAUGAUGAGAUUGACAAAAAGUCAACACCAAAUCCUGCAAGGAGAACUUCAUCUGAACCUUCUGUACUAACCCAAGAUUCCCGAGCUGCUCUUUUUGAUGAUGAUGAUGAAGUUAAAGGAUCAGGAUACAAACUCAGUUAUGCAUCAAGAAACAAGUAUAAGAAUGAUUUUGUUGAUUCUGGUGGAAUUGAGAACCAAGAUGUACAAGAACUAGAACAAUAUGCUGCAUAUAAGGCUGAAGAGACUACAAAAACUGUGAAUAGUGCCUUAAAGAUUGCAGAAAACAUAAGAGAAGAUGCUACUAAAACUAUGAUCACUUUGCAUCAACAGGGUGAGCAGAUCACACGCACUCACAUGACUGCAGCUGAUAUAGAACAAGAUCUUAGCAGGGGUGAGAAGCUGUUAGGAAGUCUUGGGGGCAUUUUCUCUAGGACAUGGAAACCGAAGAAGGGUCAUGCAAUAAAAGGGCCUGUGAUUACAAGAGAUGAUCCUGCCCUUCGAAAAGGUGCCCAUUUGGAACAAAGAGAAAAGCUUGGACUUUCAACCACCCAAACUAAAGGACAAUCACAUUCAAGAACACCACCCUCUGAACCUACAAAUGCAUUGCAGAAAGUUGAGUAUGAGAAAACAAAGCAAGAUGAUGCCCUCUCGGACUUAAGUAACAUACUUGGGGAACUUAAGGAAAUGGCUGUUGACAUGGGUUCAGAGAUCGAAAGGCAAAACAAAGCUCUUGAUCCUCUUCAAGAUGAUGUGGAUGAACUUAAUUUCAGAGUUAAAGGUGCUAAUCAACGUACUCGACGUUUGCUUGGAAAAUAAAUUGCUGUUAUUUUGUUACCUUUUUGUAUGAUGUGUUUCGUGUUACAAGAUUUACAUAUGUAUGCACAUGAUUAUUAUGCCAUUGGAAUUCUUUUAGUACCCA